AUGGCGGCUGACCAGAAAAUUCCAGAACUUGGCGGCUAUGAUUUUGAGUUUACAAAUGUAGUUUCCGAUGAUUUUGAAUGCCCUGUGUGUCAGUUAACAAUGAAAGAUCCCAUACAGAUUGGAGGAUGCGGCCAUAGACUUUGUAACACCUGCUUGGGGAGCUUGUUGAGGAGCCAUUCUCCAAAAUGUCCAGUAGACAGAGAGCCUCUUUCACGUAAUAAGAUAUUUCCAGAUGUCGCUUGUCAUCGCAAAAUUCUGGAUCUCAAGGUGAAAUGUUCUGAUGUUGGGUGUCCUUGGACGGGAGAACUCCGAGCUGUGCAGAAACAUCAGUCAGAAUGCCUGUUCAAAGUGGUGGAGUGUCCAAAUGAAGGAUGUAAAAAGAAGCUCACCAGGCGAGAUAUAAACAAUCACAAGAUAACGGAAUGUGUCUGGAGGGAAGUUAGUUGUGAAUAUUGUCGAGGAUCUUUUAUCGUGAAAAACAAGCAGCAACAUCAUAACGUCUGUCAAAAGUUUCCGGUUCAA